GAUCGCGGGGACACGGAGACGGCCCGGCACCGGGACUGGGACCGGGACAGGGGGGUCCUGCCGGCCCCGGGGGCGGGGAGAGAGAGAGAGAGAGCUCCGUGUCCCGGACACAGACCCAGACAGCAGCCCCUUCCCCCCGGGGGACAGCCCCAGCCCCAGCCCCUCCCGCUGCCCUGCCAUGGCCGAACCGCUACUCCGCAAAACUUUCGCCAAACUUCGGGCCAGGAGGAGAAAAAGUUUAAAAAGCGGCCGGAGUGAAGAGUCCGAUGUUUGUGAAAGGAUACCGGUGACUGCGUCUCCAGAGGGUGCCCAGGAUCCCAGGGCAGAGGCCAGUGAGAUACAACCCAACACCGCGGAGCCAGUGGGCCCAGCCAAUGAGAGCCUCACUAGGUACCUCCCAUCCUCCGGUGGAUCUCAGAGCCUUGCCAGUAGCCAUGUGGACUAUGGUGGUUCUGCCACAUGCCCAGUCAGCCUGGCAUCCUGGUCCACCCAGACUCUGGGCGCUGGUGCAACCUCAACGACUCGGGGCACCGUGGAGGAGGGCGCGAUCUGGUACAACCCCAUCCCAGAGGAAGGCCACCAGGUACGGCCACCCCAGAGACGGAAGACCAGCCGGGCACAGUGGUACGUGGAGGUGCCCUCCCCAACGGGCGCUGGGCCCCCUGCCAGCGACAGGGCGGGGCAGCAUGGUGGUGUUGAUGCUGUGUCGGCUGGCACUGACACAGUGCAGGAGCAGCGGGUAGCGAGGUGUGCUACCAGGUCAUCGCCUCCAUCCACCCACCGUCCCUCGGUGCCAGUCGCUUGUGUAUCGUGGAGCGGGGGUCAGACAGGGAGCAGUGCACAGAAACGCGCAGACGCAGCAGAAGAGAGGCCCGAGAUCGGCAGGGGGAGGUCUCCACCGUCACCGUCGACAACGAGUCCUGGGCCGCCCAAGAAGAUGCCCGGGGCCAGGCGCUCGUUGUCGGACCGGGUCAAGUCCCCAGGCACUGUGCGGCGCCUCUCCAUCAAGAUGAAGAAGCUGCCGGAGCUGAGACGCAAACUGAGCCUGAGGGGUUCUCCACGGGGCGGCCGCCAGGCUGGAGACACAGGGAGGCCUCCAUCCCCUCCCUCAUCCCCAGCCUCGAGUAUCUCACCAUCUGUCUCCAACGUACUGUGCCGCUACCACCUGGACAGCAGCGUCUCGGCCCGAGGGAGUCUGUGGCCCCGAGCCAAGCUAACACGGAGAGCCAGCACCAAGACCCUGGGCCGGCCUGGUUACCUGAGCGACGGUGACUCCCCUGAGCUGCAGGCUAGGCCUAGGCCUCAGACCGGGAGUGAUGCCCAAGGCCCCGGACCACCAGGUACGGACAGCCCAAGGCUGGACCCAUCCGCCUUCCGGCCAUACGAUGGAGGAGGGGGUGGGGGUGAACAGCAGCGAGGCCUACGGCACCUCUCUGGCCUCAUCAACGUGCGGCUGUAUGGGGUGGAGCUUCCCCGGGCUGGUCCAGCUGAUAUCUGCUGUGCCAUCCAGGUGGACUCGGUUAGCAAGGCCCGCACCGCUGCCCUCAGCUGCCGCCGUGGCCCUUUCCUGGGUCUUGACCACACCUUCAACCUGGAGCUGGAACGUUCCCGCCUCCUCACACUGCUGCUCUUCAGCUGGGACCCAGCCUCAGCCCGGAACCGACUCUGCUGCCAAGGCACUGCUGCACUUCCACCGCUCUUCACAGGUGCCCGCACGCACCAGCUCGCCAUGAAGCUGGAACCCCGCGGAGUCCUCUAUCUGAAGGUAUCGCUGGUGGAGCUGUGGGAGCUCCCUCUGAGCUGUGCCGAUGAUCAGCGAGAGCCCAGGGUCUUCCGGAUGGAGCUUAGUGACUUGGUGCAGCGGGAGAAUUCCGGAGUCAGGGUUCCACUGCUCAUACAGAAGUGUGUCUCAGAGAUCGAGAAACGUGGCCUAAAAGCUGUGGGUCUAUACCGUCUCUGUGGAUCAGCCACUGUGAAGAAAGAGCUCCGAGACUCCUUUGAGCGUGACAGUGCCUCUGUUGACCUCUCUGAGGAACUCUACCCUGACAUCAACGUCAUCACAGGCAUCCUCAAGGACUACCUGCGGGACCUGCCAUCGCCCCUCAUCACAAAGACGCUGUACAAAGUGGUGCUGGAGGCCACUGCUGUGUGGCCCUUGAAGAUGACCAUGGGCAUGCCAGAUGCCAGUCCCAAUGCCCCCAACGCUGUGGCUCUGCUUGACUGCCUGCCUGAAGCCGAGAAGGCCACUCUAAGCCUGCUCCUUGACCAUCUAAGCCUGGUGGCUUCACUGCAGGAGUUCAACAAGAUGACGUGUCAGAACUUGGCGGUUUGUUUUGGGCCUGUACUCCUAGGCCAGAAGCAGGAAGCCUCUCAGUGCGGCGGCCGCACUUCCUGUCAGGAGCUCGCCAGUGCCGUGGACUUCAAGAUGCACAUCGAGGUUCUGCACUACCUGCUGCAGCUGUGGCCCAGUGACCGGACCAAAGUGAAACGGGAUACAGUGAUGGAGCAGUCACAGGGCACCCAUCGCCAGCCCCCCAGCCCACCCCUGGUGCCCGACGAGGUGGUUUGUCGGAACCGGACAGGGCGAGUGACCGGCUCAUCUCGGAACCGCCAUGCUGGGGACUGGAGUCGCUGCGGCAGGAGCUACCUUGGCCAGGCUGGGGAACGGGAACUAGGCAGGAGCACCGGGAACACGGAAGGGGGAUGGGAACUGGGCAGGAGCACCGGGAACACGGAAGGGGGAUGGGAACUGGGCAGGAGCACCGGGAACACGGAAGGGGGAUGGGAACUGGGCAGGAGCACCGGGAACUCGGAGGGGGAAUGGGAACUGGGCAGGAGCACCGGGAACUCGGAGGGGGAAUGGGAACUGGGCAGGAGCACCGGGAACAUGGAAGGGGAGCAGAAACUAGGCAGGAACGCCGGGAACAUGGAGGGGGAAUGGGAGCUGGGCAGGAGCUACCUUGGUCAGGCCGGGGAAUGGGACCAGGCCGGGGAAUGGAACCAGGCUGGGGAAUGGAACCAGACCGGGGAGUUGGGCCAGGCCAGGGAAUGGGAGCAGGCCCAGGAGCGGGGCCAGGCCCGGGAGCGGGGCCAGGCCGGGGAGCGGGGCCAGGUCGGGGAGCGGGGCCAGGCCGGGGAGCGGGGCCAGGCCGGGGAAUGGGAGCAGGCCCGGGAGCGGAGCCAGGCCGGGGAGCGGGGCCAGGCUGGGGAGCAGGACCAGGCUGGGGAAUGGGAGCAGGCCCAGGCUGGGGAAUGGGAGCAGGCCCGGGAGCGGUGCCAGGCUGGGGAGCAGGACCAGGCCGGGGAAUGGGAGCAGGCCCGGGAGCGGGGCCAGGCCCGGGAGCGGGGCCAGGCCGGGGAGUGGGGCCACGCUGGGGAAUUGGACCAGGCCGUAAAACGGGAGCAGGGCAGGAGAACCGGACACAUGGAGGGGGAGGAGUGUGAGAAUGGCAGGCGAGAUGGCAGCUCCUACCCCAGCGAGGGCAGUGAGCUGGACCUGGAGUCAUCCAUCUUGGGCCGGCCGAAGGACUUUGACAGUCUGAUCGCUGAUAUCGAGCGGGAGCUAGCCAAGAAAAUCAUCUUCCUGUAA